CAACUGGUGAGUAUCACCGCGUAGACCCGGAUCAUUCUCAUAUCGUUCAUAAAAAAAAGGUGCAUGUACCUCGCUGUGGCGCUAAUCAUUAUAAUUGCGAGUUUGGUCAAACUCCAAUGCCGCGAUGCUCCACCUAAAGGCUAUAUUGUGUCUGAUAAGCGUCGUCGGGACCAUGGGAACCCGCCCCCCUGGUUCUUUUGGGGGAGAGGACCGCUACAUGCUUACCGAAGCGUGCCUACAUGAGGUCGUAGACCGCAUGGGGAGGGACAUCAAAGACGCCGCUACCUCCUUCCUUGAUUACAGCCCUCGCCAGCGUCACUACAGUCUACUAACCGCCAACGACGACGAUGAUCAGGAGCAAAUUGACUACGAUUCCCUUAUUGAUAGCAACCCUAGUCCCAGCCUACGCGAUCAAGAGCUUUUGCAACACAGUUCUCUCUGGGGCCACCAAUUUGUAACUGGUGGCGCUGGUGAAGGUGUCAACCGCCAAAUGAUUAAAACGGACGCAGUGCUGCCCGCUUAUUGCAAUCCACCUAAUCCUUGCCCUGUUGGUUACAAUGAAGAACAGGGCUGCAUAAAAAAAUUUGAGAACACAGCAGUCUUCAGCCGUGAAUACCAACUAUCACAGCGAUGCAUGUGCGAUGGUGAACACAUGUUCAGCUGCCCUAACGAGCCACCAGACUUGGAUAUCCACUUUCCUGACCAUAAGAACCUCGUCGCGAAAAAAUUCAGCGAGGAAGUUAGUGUAUCCUAUUUAUUUCAACAAUUAAAAGCCUUUUUUCAAUAUCUGGGUGAAUUAAUGGCGUCCCGUCGUAAACACCCAGGCUGUCAUUGCGCCUAUUAAACUCAAUUUGCUUUUAUUUUAGCUAUUUAUAUAAUGUUAAUUUUCUUUAUUAGAUUUAUUUUAAUCAAUUUGUUUACAUUUAGGCCAAACCUGGUAGCAUAAGGGUCUUUAUUCCUAAUACUCAUAAUCUUUUAGGUGGAGAAUCCUUUUUUAUUUGGUGAACGUCUACCUAUAGCUGCGAAAAAGGGAUUCGAUGUACAUGUCUACUAAUAUAACUUUUAUAGGAAUUUUCGUACUCCUGAUAUAUUUCUGUGAGUUGUUCAAACAAAAUAUCGGUUAAAUAUAUGAAAGUUAAGUUCAAUGUUUCUGUUUAAUUUAUAAAUUUAAUUUACCAGUUUAAAUUUGGUGAUGCUUCCUAAUUACAUAUGUUUUAGAGCACUUUAGACGCUGCUCCAGCUGUUCCUGUUAUAUAUGCGAAACAGAGAAACAAAUCACUUCCGUUGCUUGGUAUUUAUUGUACUUAAUAUUGUUUAAUUAAUCCAUGGAAAUAUAUCAAGGAGUCACACUUAGUGUUUCUAUUAGUGUUUACAGUCUUUAGAUAAGAUAUAAAAUUUUAUUGAUGUCUAUAAAAGUCCUAGCAACCUCAUGAAAAAAAAAAUCAUUUAUAUUAUCAUCAUCUUUACGGAAGCUUUUUACGUUAUAAUUUGACCAUAAGAUAUAGUUAAUUUUUAAUCGCUGACAUUUACUUUAAGGUUCUAUUUCAAACUAUAUACACAGCCCACAUAAUAAACUAAUUUUCGUUUUUUUUAAUUCUUAACUAGAUUGUAAUAUGUAAAUAUGCUGCGAUAAACCUUUAGCACUAUAAGUAGGUUUAAGAAAACUCUAGGCCACAGCUGAGCGAAACGAUGAAGUCAUAAAUUAAUAUAAAUGGGCGUUCUCAAUUAUUGUACAGGAUAUCAUAAUGCCACCCCAUGGUAGUUUAGGUUAAGAAAAUUGUAUAUUUUGAAUACUCUAAUUAAUUAUAAAAUAAUAAAAUUAUAAGUAGGUGGUAAGAAAAAACCAAGCUGUUUGAUUGAUAUAAAUAGAAAAAUAAUAAGUACUCAUAGUUUUACGGACAAUUCUUAUUGAUAGAACAAAUUAUUCUUAUUGAAAGGAGUUAUCCGUAAAAUUACACACGUACCUGUAGUAGUUUUAACGAGUUUAAAUGCGUUUAAUUAUAACCACUUAAACCUUAAUUAAAUGCCGGAACGUUUGCGUCUGACGUUUAAAUAAAUAUUUAAUUGCAAGUAAUUAAACGUGCUUAAAUAUGUUUAUAAUCUUAAAUAAUUUUAUGGUUCUAUAGUUCAUGUGUCAUUUUUCUAGUCCUCUUUGACUUAGCUGAAUAUUUGUCAGUAUGUAAGCGAUAAAAUAACAAUACAUAUGUAACGCAAAUGAUGAAUACAUUUUCUAAAAUCUAUCAUUAUAAUGCUAUUGCGAUCUUUAACGGUGAGCUCAUUUUAUAUUCGUCACUAUAUUCAACUAAAUAUUAAAAAAAAAAUGGAAAAGAGGCUAAGUCAAAGUGUGAGGCCUUUCUUCUACAACCUUACUCUUUACAUAAAUUCUAGCUUAUUGAAUGAUAUACGCACAUACAAUAAUUAAGUUAUAUAUAAGUAGAACAGUUAUAAAAAUAUAAUCAGUGAUUCGAAAUUUAAAAAAAAAACAGUAUGUAAUACUAUUAUAAAAUAAUAUAUAAAUAUAUAAUACCCAUACAAUGGGCGUAAACCAAUGGACGGCAUUAGUUAAGGAAAAUAUGGGAGGAACUAACUAUAAUGUAUAGGAAAACGUCAUUUUACCCCAUUUAUUUUAAACCUAGAAUUAAGUUAGUAAUAAUAAAAUUAGGGCUUCGGAAACUGAUUUGAUAUAACGUGGAAUAGACGUAUAUUGAACCUUACUGCUUUGUUAUAAGGUGCAGUACACGCUACUCAUUGUAUAUCAAAUACAGUGUGAAGCUUACUCUCGUGCAAUAUCCACAUCAGGUAGGUAUAAAAGUAAUAUAAGCCUCGAAAUGUAACAUAGAUACUUUAAUGUUAACAAAAUAAUACAGUAUAUAUCAAUCAGUAGCCUCGAAAAGCUCGUUCUAUUAGGUUAUAUCAGUUUUUUAGAAUUCAAUUUCGUUCUUUCAUAAUAAUUUAAUCUCAUUUCGUUGAGUAUAUAUAUUGUUCCGUUUUUUGAAAAAUAUAUUUUUUUAAUAAAAGGAAAAUAAGUACGAUUGAAGGGUUUAUCAACUGAAACGACAAUGUACAUAACAUUGUGCUGAAUAACAUUAAUAUUUUGUGGACUACUUACAAAAUACGAGAUACGCUGUACAAAAAUGGUGAUGCAUUAGUAUUUAUGGACUUAAUUUCUUAAUAUUUAUGAAUAAAUGUUUAAUUUGUAAUAUAAUUAAGGCGCGAGGCAGCACACCGUAAAUUAUAUUAACUAAUAAAUAAUAAUAUUGAUUAACCUACGUAUUCACAAAGCUAUAUCUAUGUUAGACUCGGGAUAGAGUGGCAUAAAGUAGUUCAUAUAAUGUAUAAUAUGUAGAAAUAUAUAAUAUAAUGUAUAGAAAUAUUUCUAGUUAUAAAACUCUGAAUAUGUUCUAUAUUAAGUUCUUUUUUCAUUCCAUUAUUGGAAAAAAUAUGAAUAUAAAUUAUUUAUUUUUAAAAUAAAAUAAAAAAAUAAAUAAAAAAAAGAAUAUUAAGUACUAUUAGAGGGUUUAUCAACUGAAACGACAAUUCUUUAUGCUGAAUAACUUUUAUAUACUGGACUGCUUUAAAAAAACACAAGAACGCUGUACAAAAAUUUUGAUUCAUUAGGAUUUAUUAACUUUAUUUCGUAAUAUUUAUCAAUUAAUUUAUAGUCUAAUUAUAGCUAAAGGCCGUACACUGCAAAAGGUAUUAACUAAUAAAUAUUAAUUAUCCUACGUAUUCACAAAGCUAUAUGUAUGUUAGACUCGGGGUAGAGUGGAGUAUAGUAGUUCAUAUAAUGUAAAUAGAAACUAUUCCUAGUAAUAAACAGUAAAAAUUUGCAUUAUAUUUAGUAAUGUUAUAUAAUUUAUUUAUUUAUGUUUAUUUUUUAUAUUACCCUGGAUAUGUGUCUUCCUUAGUGUUAACAAGAAUAUAGCUAGAUUAUAACAGAUUUCUACAAAUGGUAUAAUCUGACACUUAUUGAAUUUAGGUAAUAUUCAUUGUAGGUCAUCCAGGGACACUACAUUUUUCUUAUAUAGAACUUUGAUUUUAUCUUUCUCAAAUGGAAAUUGGUAUAUUUGGGGCCGUUUAAGUAUUACGUAAGCACUUAGAAGGGGGGUCUUUAAUUUUCUUAUUUCGGGAUUUGUCAACAGUAAUUAUAUACAUUUUUAUACAGAUGACCCACACAUUGUCUAUGCUUGAAAACGAAGCGUAUUUUCGAGGAUUGCAACAAAAAAAAAUACGUUUAUGUACUAUUACUUUUUCCUUACUUUUUCUGACAAGAGGAAGGGGGGGGGGUUCAGUAAACCUGCUUAUGUAAUUCUUGAACAGCCCCUGUGAACUAAUUGGUUACUUUAUGUCAUAAUAUUAAAUGUUUAAUUUUUACUGCGCUACGUUCAUCAUUCUCGUUCCUCGUUUAUACUCAUGUCUACAUGAUAUUAUGAAAAUUCUCUUGAUGAUAUCGGGAAUUCGAACGCAUUGAACGAAGCUUAUGAAAAAAACUACAUCUGGUCUAACAUUUUUUGUGAGAUACACAGAGCAGUGCGUUUGAAAAUGAACUAUUACAUCCACUUUCAUGAUUUUUUAAAAGUAUUUAAGCUUUACUAAAGUUCAUUUACGAACAACUAAACAAUUCUUGCUAUCAGUAUUGACUAGCCUCUAUGUCACGUAUGUCAUGUGUCAAUAAGUGUCAGAAUGUGCGAUGUAUGUAAAUAAUACCAAAUCAAGUACAUUACUUAGGUGUUGUCAAAAGUAAAGCCGUGAUAAUAUAUAGCAUGCAUAUCGGAACCUUUAACAUUUCGGGCUAUUGUUGCCAAUUCUGUCUCUUGUCUAUGUAAUUGCUAUGUAUCUCUCUUAAAAUGUAAUUGUUGUUAAUCUAAUAACAUCUCUGUUAUUCUCUUUCAUCUUAUCUUCGUCAGUUGUCUAUUGUAUCCUUCUAUUAAUAAUUUCUUCUUAUCUUCCUUCAAAUUAUCUUUAAAAAAUAUUUAUCUUGUUACUUCAAAUCGUAAGAUAUUUCGAGAAAUCGUUACCUUUUGAUAUACAUCUUGAACUCAUAUAUUUGAUCUAAGUUAUAUCGAAUUUUAUCUAUCUACUUGUUAGUGUAAGUUAAUCCACCCGCGGCAAAAACAUCAUAUUAAAGUAGUCAUUAUGAUCAUAAUAAGUUCUGUACAUAUGCAAAAUGAUCGGUCGAUGAAAAUCUAGUCAAAACUGUAGUGUGUAUAUAAGUAGUAGAUGUCUAUAUACAAUCAAUAUAAGCUUAAAUAUAAGGUUGCUUACUUAGAUAAGAUUUUUUUGCAAGUACAAAUUUGCUUACCCAAAGAAUACAAUUAUUUUUUAAAAUAAAAGUAAAUAUUUGGAAGUACAAUAAUAUUUUUUAUGGUUAUGAAUAUGACAAACUAAAUAACUAAAAUAUAUAAAUCGAUUAAAUUUAAAACAAAAAUUAGUUAUAAGAUCAAAAAACCUCACCUCAAGUUUCAGAGUCACCUAGUUCCUACAAAUGGUCAAACAAAACAGUAAUCACAACCCAGUAAUUAGUAUAAAGAUGAAAGUACAAUUUAAAGUGUCACACUGUAAGGUAUUAUAGGAUAAACGUCGAAAUUUUUCAAUAGUAUAAGCGUGCGUUUAGCAAAAAUAUUUAGGCAUUCUUUCGUAAACGUUUAAUUAUGGCAUGUAUGCUUUUGCGUGUCAUGUAGUAUUUGUGUAAUCGAUAAUUAUUCGUAAUUUAAAAAAUUGUAUACUUAGUCUUGAAUGAUAAUUUUUAUCACAAUUUAUGUAUUGCCGCUAAUGCCUUUGCUCGUAUAUAUUUUAAGCAAUUAUAUAAGAUAUCAAUCAUACAAACCAAAAUACCUCUAAGGGAUGAACAUUAAACUAUAAAAAAAUCUACACAUUCGGUCAUAAUUAAACUUCAAGGCUCCACAUAGGACAGGAUAAAGUUAUUUUAUAUAAUAAGUAAUUAAAUAUGUGUACAUUACAUAGGACACGCCAAGUCUUACAAAUAUGUAGUUAAUCCAAAGGAUAGUAUGUUAACUGUAUGAUAUUUGCAUUCUUUAGAUAAUAGAAAUAAAAUAUGAUAAACUGUAUAUUAAAAAGAAAAAGAAGGCAGUUACCAAAGAAUUUUAAUUUGCGAGGGUUGAACGAGCAAAAGUAUAUCUCUUAUGUUAAGUAACCCUAACCAACUUCAAAUAAUAUAUAUUGCUUUAAACAUUAUUAAGUAUAUCCUGUUUAUAAUUUUGCAUAGGUUUCGCAAGAAAACGAAAGCUUUAUCGGGAUGUCGGUUUCGUGUUUUCCUAGUCCUCGAUUUUUCUAUAAUAAGAGCUGUACUUUUUGUGAAGGACGUCUUUCAUCCCUCGUUUGAAUGUAGUCGUUUUGUAGAGUUAGAUUAAUGAGAGAACUUAGACAAACAUCUUUUACCGCAGAUGCGACGCGUCGCCAACCAAAGUCACAUCACAGGUCACCCAUUGCACAAACUUUACGACAGUUGAUUCAAAUAUCCGUAUAUAUGUUUAUGAAAGGUUUAACGCAUAAAUUCCAUAUAAUUUGCGAUAAAGCUACGCUGAACUCCAAAGGGCGGUUUUGAGUAUUAUUUAUAUAUGCGUCACUGCAAUGGUAAGAGGUUUUUGUCUCGGUUUCGUAGGUUUGAAGGUAUUAAGAACACUGUCAGUAAAUAUUGUUUAUAGGUAAAAAAAUAAAUUAUAUUUUUUGCCUAUAAAAAUAUUUUGUUUGACUACCUUGAGCUCUUAGUGUAUAUAGUUUAUCUUAUAGUAUAAGUGCCCGUCAAACUCAGACACAUACAAAUGAUCAUAAUAAUAAUAUUGAUACAUUCCAUAGCAUUUCUGUCUGAGAUUUACCACCAAUUUAACUCUGUAUUCAAAAUUGAAAUUAUUAAGGGCAGUUUAACAUUUUGUAAAUUAGAUAUAAGCACGUAAUGUUUAUAAAUUGAUACCAAAUAUAACAUUUUCCCACUAAAAAGCAUCACAAUAGCAUUGGUGACUGAUGAAAUCGUGGUUUUAAAAUUGGAACUUUAACAGUGUCUAUUGUACAGCGCAAAAAUAUCCAUAAGGAUUGUUUUAUUUACUUUCCAUCUGCGCUUUUGAAUAGUCACAGACAUCAAUGAAGCCUGGAAUUUACCUAAAUCAAUUCUUAUAUAUGAAAAACUACAAUUUAUAAAUAUCUGUAUUCAAUAAUCAGGUCUUAGGUCUCAUUCUUUAAUAAUGAAUUACGAUAUAUUAAAUACUUAAUUAAUAUUUUGAUCAUCGGUCGUUUAUUCAUCAUUACUUUUUGUUAUUUUUUUGCUAUUUAACAUAAUAACAUGUUAACAAUGACGCACAUAUAUUCAGUGAAAAAUCAACAAAAUGUAAAAUGUUUCAUGAGGUUGCAAGGAAUAUUAAUCUUUCGAAAUAAACUAUUAUUAUAUC